UGCACCCACAAACACAACCCAUCCUGUGAACAACCAAACUUCUGGGAGUGCUAAGGACUCCACAGUUCAUCCCUAAACUACAUAUAUUUUCACUUUUUAUUACAGCCCAGCUACAAUUGUGCAAGUAAAAAACUUACAUAUUUCAGGAGGGAGCGAAUUAGUGUGUUUGUGUUUUUUAUUCUAAUUCAAUGCACGGAAUUUUUAUUUGAGGUGUAUGUAAAUUUGAUGACUAUUAAAAAGUAAGGUUCAGUACUUUAAAAAAAUAUUUUAGAAAGAAUCCUCAAGACUCUGUUCAAAGUCACUAACUCCCAAAGAGAGAAACAUAGUUUUUGAUCCCUUUAAAAUUAUGAAGUUUAUAUUGCUAAUUGCUUUGCAUUGAAACACCCUCCCCCAAUGUUUUAAACCACCCAAUUUUAAAUCCUAGGGAAACUGUAGUCAAGUACUCUAGUACUUAUAUCUUCAAUAUUUCCAUUUCACAUUGCAUUUAAUAUUAAAGGACUGCUUAUUGGGUGACUGCAAAACAACUGCCAAUUCUUUUGUUACCAGAAAGGCUGACUGGUAUUUAAACAAGUCUAAACUAUGAAAAAAGGGUGUAAACAGAAAUCAUCUAAACAAAACCAGCAGACUGUUCCAACAACUACUUGUAAGAAAUUGUUCUUUAAAUCUUCCAAACAGAAGAAACACAACAAUCAAGGGGAUUUUGUGAAACUAUUUCCUCUAGAAGUCAGCUUAAAGAUUUUUAGCAAACUUGAUAUUCAUAGCUUGUGCAAUGCUGCAAUAACUUGCAAGAGCUGGAACCAAACCAUUGAGCAUUGUGAUGAUUUAUGGAAACAUCAUUGUUUAAAUAUAAGAGCUGUCUGUCAGCGAGAGGUUGAUGGUGACAGAGGAAAAGGGUACUCAUGGAAGGUCACGCUGCAUAGAAACUACUGGAAAAGCAAAAUAAAGUAUGAAUGGCUGAGUGGAAAAUAUAGCAAUAUUCAGUCACGGAGUAAUUUGCCAGAAAAAUGUAUGUAUCCUAUGGAUGUGGAUACCUGGGGAGAAAUCUUGGAAGCUGAACUGGAAAGAGUUUUAUACAGAGGAAAUUAGAGAAGAGGAAAUUGUGUGUGUGUAUAUGUGUUUGUGUGUGUGCCUGUAUAUGUGUACAUUUUUUGUAGUUUGGUUUGUGACUGCUUUAUACAUGUUUAUUUAAUUUUACACUUUCAGAAUUGUAAAUAUUUUAAUUCUUUAUUACAUAAAUAAUGUAUAAUAUUUAUUAAGUUGGUGGCUUCUAAAUGAUUAGAACUGCUAUUCCUUUCAAUGCAAGCUUGCAAGUCCAUUAAUGGACUUUGUAAUGGAAAUUGUAAUGUAAAACUUACGGAGGAUAUAUAGGUUACAGUAUGUAUCCUUAAAGUACAUUGAUUUGGAAGAUCUUUGCUGAACAAUUUGAUUUAUCUUUGGUCAUUGAUCAAAAUAAAGAAUGGUUGAGUAAUCUGA